GAACCCCUCGCGUGUCCUUCCCGCGCCCCCCGGGUGCCCCUCGCACAACCCCACGUGCCCCCUGUGCCCCUUUCACACCCCCCUUGCCCUCCGUGCUCGCCUCACACGCCCCCCCGCACUCCCCCCGUGCCCCUCGUGCCCCUGACACGACCCCCGUGCCCCCCCCGUGCCCCCCUUGCCCAACAACGCCCCCGUGUCCCCCCCCGGUGCUUUGCCCACCCCUCACGCCCCCCCGCCCCCCCCGCCUUGCACCCCCGUUUUGCACGAGUGUUUCACACGGGGGGGGCACCCAGGAGGUUCCGGGGGGGCCUUUGCACGAGGAGUGGCCCCUCACACGGGCCCCCCCCGACCCUUUCCUCCCCCCCCCCCAGAUUUGGGGGCUGCACAAGGACGGGCUGGAGUGCAGUGGCUGUGGCCUGCGCUGCCACGUGGGGUGUCGGGGGGGGCUGCGUCCCGAGUGUCGCCGCCGUGCCCAGAGCGUCGCCGCCGCCCCCCCGGACCCCCCCGGGCCCCCCAAAGCCCGGCCCCGCUCCUUCAGCCUCUCCCUGCCCUGGUCCCGCCGCGCCUCGUUGCGCCCCCCAGAGCCCCCCGAGGAGCUGCAGGAGCUGCAGGACGGUGUCUUUGACACCCACCUGUGACAGGUGCCUCCGGACCCCCGGCCAGGCUGUCACCCCCCGCCGGGGCCACCCAUGCGGCUGUGAGAGGACGGGGGUGGCCGGGCCCCCCCAGGCCCCCCCCAGGGCCGCCCCAGCCCGCCCAGGCUCUGCAGCCACCCCAGGCACCAUGACCCGUCCGGACGUUGAGGGGCACCCGGUGCCCAGGGGCCGCCGAGAGACUAAAGCCCACCUGGGCCCCGAGACCCACCCCGGCUCCGUGGCCCAUCAGGGCUCCCAGGACCACCCAGAGACUAAAGCCCACCUGGGCCCCGUGGCCACUCGAGGAUCCACGGCCAGCUGGGACUCCUUGGUCAACCAGGACCACCGAGAGACUCGGGCCCCCCCGGGCUCUGUGACCCCCCUGGGCUCCGAGACCCAUCAGGGCUCCCAGGACCACCUGGAGGCUGAGGCCCACCUGAGCUCUGUGACCAACCAAAGCUUCGUGGGCAACCAGGACCCCCGGGACCACCCAGAGCCCGGCAUCGGUGGGGGCUCCGUGGUGCUGUUGGACUCAAAGGUCUCCCAAGGCUCCACACCCAACCAAGGCCCUGAGGACCCCCUGGAGACCCAGGUCAGCCAGGUCUCCGUGACCCACCUGGGGUCUGUGGCCAACCAAGGUUCUGUGGGCAACCAGGACCCCCCAGACCCCCCAGGACCCAACGUCGGUGACGGCUCCGUGGUUCUGUUGGACUCAAAGGUCAACCAAGGCUCCGUGGCUUGCGUAGACUCGAAGGUCCACCAAGAUUCUGUGCCCUCCCAAGCCUGCGAGGACCCCCGAGAGCCCAAGGUCAACCAGGACCUCAUGGCCAACCAAAGCCCCACGGCCCCUGUAGAGGCCAAGGUCAAUGAAGACCCCGUAGCGUGUCUGGACUCGAGGGUCCACCAAGCCCCUGUGGCCAACCAAGCCCCCGAGGACCCCCGAGAGCCCAAGGCCAACCAAGACCCCGUGGACCACCCGGACACCCAGGCUGACCGAGCCCCCGUGGCUCUUACAGACUCGAAGGUCCACCAAGCCCCCGUGGCCAGCGCAGUGGACCCCCAGGAGCCCAAGGUCAACCACGGCCCCACGGCGUGUUUGGACUCAAGGGUCCGCCAGGACCAGGGGGGCUGCACUGCCCACCCAGGGACCGAGUCCCACCGCCCGCCCCCGCCCCCCCGGGCCACCACAGCCCCCCGCCCGUGUGCCCGCGUCCCCCCGGGCGCCCGCCUGGGGCUGGUGCUGCUGACGUUGGGGUCCCUGGUGCUGCCCCGCGCCUGGGGGUCGGCGCUGGAGUUCGGGGGCGCCCCGGGGCAGUGGGCGCGCUACGGGCGGUGGGCGCCGGGCGCGGGGGGGCAGCUCAGCUUCCGCCUCAAGACCAACGUGACGCGGGCGCUGCUGCUGUACCUGGACGACGGCGGCAACUGCGACUUCCUGGAGCUGCUGGUGGCCGAGGGGCGGCUGCGGCUGCGCUUCGCCAUCGCCUGCGCCGAGCCCGCCACGCUGGAGCCGCCGGCGCCGGUGAGCGACGGGCGCUGGCACGCGGUGCUGCUGACCCGGCACGCGCGGCACGCGGCGCUGGCCGUGGACGGGGAGGCGCGGGCGGCCGCCGUGCGCUCCAAGCGCCCUGACAUGGCCGUGGCCAGCGACCUGUUCGUCGGGGGGAUCCCGCCCGACGUGCGGCUCUCGGCGCUGACGCUCAGCACCGUCAAGUACGAGCCGCCCUUCCGCGGGUGGGUGGCCGACCUGCGGGUGGGCGACGCGCCGGCGGCGCUGCUGGGGGCCCAGGGGGUCCGGGGCGACGGGGACGAGCGCUGCGCCCACCACCCGCCCUGCGCCCACGGCGGCCGCUGCGCCCUGCACCGCGGGGAGCCCCGCUGCGACUGCGCCGGCACCGGCCACCGCGGGCCCUUCUGCGAGGAAGAGGAAGAACCCGAACCCGCAGUCCCCGCCCACCUGCGACUCACCGGCCAAGGGCCCGCCGAGGUCGCCGAGGGGGGGCCCGGCCGCGGCGCCGGCGAGAUCCAGCAAGCGGCGAAAGGCCGCGCCGAGUACGUGGCCACGUUCCGGGGCAGCGAGUUCUUCUGCUACGACGUGUCGCGGUCGCCGGUGCAGAGCAGCGCGGACGAGCUGGCGCUGGCGUUCCGCACGCGGCAGCGCCACGGGCUCCUGCUGCACACCGGCCGCGCCGCCGACUUCCUCAACCUGUCGCUCAAGGCCGGCGCCGUGUGGCUCGUCAUCAACCUGGGCGCCGGCGCCUUCGAGGCGCUGGUGGAGCCCGUCAACGGCAAGUUCCACGACGGCGGCUGGCACCACGUGCGCGUCACGCGCAACCUGCGGCAGCACGCAGGGAUCGGACACGCUAUGGUAAACAAACUGCAUUACCUGGUAGUUAUCACUCUAUUGUUACUCCUUGGCUUCGCCGUGGCCCCACCCCCACCUUUUGGGGCCAAUCCGGGGGAUUUUGGGCAAUUUUCACCCACUUGCGGCCGAGCUUCGGCUCCCUCGCGCCAAAAAGAGCUGGUUCCCCCCCCCCCCCCAAAAAAAAUCCUGAGAGGGCGUGUGUGUGACUCGAUGGGGGUGAGGUGGCACCUCAACCCAGCCCCCACCCCCCCCGGGGGUGAAUUUCAGGGAUUUUGGGCAAUUUUCACCCGUCCGCGUCCUGGGGGCGAGUUCAGGUCCCUGGUGCCAAAAAUAUCUGUUUCCCCUCCAAAACAAAAUCCUGCCCGGGCUCAGAAAGGGCUGAUUUUCCCCAAGGGGGUGAUGUGUGCCCCCCCCCCCUCCCCGUUUUGGGGUGAAUUUUAGGGAUUUUGGGCGAUUUUCCCCCCUCCACCAUCUCGUGGCUGAGCCUCGGUUCCCUGAUGCCAAAAAUAGCUGCUUUUCAAAGGAAAAACCCUUUCUGAGGGGGUGUGGUUCACUCGAGGGGGGUGAUGUCCCACCCCCCCCCACGCCCCCCGGGCCCCCCCAUUUUGCUGGGAAUUGGUGAAUUUGGGGGAUUUAGGGCAAUUUGAUAAACCUGCCUCAGCUCCCCCCCUCUAAACGGCCUCUUUCUGCCCCAAAAAAGUCAGGCUGGGGGCAGGAGGGACUGAUUUUCUCCGAAGGGGUGGUUUGGGCUCCAAAUGCCCAAACCAGGCAUUUUUCACCCCAAAAUCCUGCCCAGGGAGGCUCCUCCUCCCCUGGAGGCUGAUGUGGAGCACCAGCUCCACUUUUUGGGGUGAUUUCUUGGGAUUUGGGGCAAUUUGAUCCCCCA